AUGUCUUCCCUAUCAGGGGCAGCGGCAGCUGCUGCUGCUGCAGUUGCUGCUGCUGCUGCAGCAGAAGAAGCAGCAGUAGCAUCCUCAUUCACUAGCAGCCCUGGAGGCCAUUAUCCUCGAACUAUGCAGCAGCAACUGCAGCAGCAGCAACUGCAGCAGCAGCAGCUGCAGCAGCAGCAGCUGCAGCAGCAGCUGCAGCAGAACACUGAGGAGGCAGCAACAGUGACACCCCCGGGGGUCCGAAGGAGCCGUCGUCUCCAGCAGCUUGAAGCACUUAGGGAGCAGCAGCAGCAGCAGCAGCAGCAGCAGCAGCAACGGCAGCAGCGGCAGCGACAGCAGCAGCAAUUUGAACAGGAGUCUCAGCUACAGGAACGGCUCAGAUCCUUGCUGCAGCUGCAGCAGCAGCAGCAGCAGCAGCAGCAGCAGCAGCAGCAACAGCAGCAGCAGCUGCAGCAGUUCCCAGUCCUCACUGUUUCUGGGGAGUCUCGAAGCGCCUUUGCGCAGCACCAGCUGCAGCAGCAGCAGCUACAGCAGCAGCAGCUACAGCAGCAGCAGCAGCAGCUACAGCAGCGGCUACAGCAGCAACAGCAGCAGCAGCAGCAGCAGCAGCAAGUGCUGCUGCCGGUUGGGCCUGAGCGGCAGUGGCCUCGGCAGCAAAUCUUCGAUUCAGAUUUUGGGGUGUCUGUACACCCGAACUUCCCUCUAACCAUCUCAGCUCAGCUGCAGCAGCAGCAGCAGCAGCAACAGCAGCAGCAGCAGCAGCAGCAGCUACGGCAGCAUUGCACUCUAACAGCAAAGACACCUGAAGCAGCAGCAGCGAGGUCUCCAGCAGCAGCAACAGCAGCAGCAGCAACAGCAGCAGCAGCAACAGCAGCAGCAGCAACAGCAACAGCAGCAACAGCAACAGCAGCAACAGCAGCAGCAGCAACAGCAGCAGGAAGUGAAAAGACCCGCAGCAGGUCUCGCGGUUCAUCUCUGAGGGCAGCAGCACAGGGAAUCGGCUCCCCCGUUGCUGCUGCUGCUGCUGCUGCUGCUGCUGCUGCUGCUGCUGCGGGAGACUCAACACCAGCGCUGCGCCGGCGCCCUUCGCCAGCAGCAGCAGCAGCAGCAGCAGCAACAACAGCAGCAGCAGCACCAACAGCAGCAGCAGACCGUUUCUCUCUUUUGCUGCAGCAGGAAGCAGCAGCAACUCCAGCUGCUUCCAGCAGCGCCGUGAGCACACCCCUCAUCCGCCGCAACUACAGCAGCAGCAGCAGCAGCAGAAGCAGCAGCAGCAGCAGCAGCAGCAGUAAUAGGAGUGGGUGCAGCAGCAACCGCAACAGCAGGAGGAACAGCAGCAGCAGCAACAGCAGCAACAUGAGAUGGAGCCAAACGGCGCCUGACGGCGACAGCAGCCUCAGCAGCUACACAAUGCCAACAGCAGCAGCAGCAGCAGCAGCAGCUGCUGCUGCUGCUGCUGCUGCUGCAGCAGAUGGCAGCAGCUGCUGCGGCACUUGCGAAGACUCUCUGAAUUGCUGCUGUAGCUCGACCGCCUCCGCUCGACCGCCUCCGGUGGGCGCAGCAACAGCAACAGCAGCUGCAGCAGGAACAGCAGCAGCAGCAGCAACAGCAGCAACAGCAGCAGCAGCAGCAUCAGCAGCAGCAACAUUGCGCGGUAUUAUACAGUUACCCAAAACACCGCCUUUAGAAGUGAGGGCUAAAGAUGAAUUUGCUGCAGCUGCUGAGCCAGCAGCAGCAGCAGCAGCAGCAGCAGCAGCAGAAGCAGCAGCAGCAGCUGCUGCUGCAGCAACUGUUGGACUUCCGAAGCUAUACUGCAGCCGCAGCAGCAGCAGCAUCAGCAGCAGCAGCAGCAGCAGCAGCAGCAGCUGUACGACAGCUGCAUCAGAUAGAGAGUUAAUAUCUCUGCUGCAGCAGCAAAACUUCAUGCUGCAGCAGCACAUGCAGCAGCAGCGGCGCGAGAGACAGUGGCUGCUGCUGCUUCUGUUCUGUGCGGUGGCGCUGCUGCUGCUGCUGGGUGCCUCCACCGCCAUGACCUCGGAAGGGAGUGGGGAGAAGCAGCGUCGGUAUGAUGACUUGCUGCUGCAGUCUCGUGCUGCUGCUGCUGCUGCUGCUGCUGCUGCUCAUCCUCCAUACCCCGAUGGUUUGCUGCUGCAUGCGGACUCGCCGCACCUCAGCUGGUUAAGCCUGGUGGCGUUGUCUAUCGAGUGGGUGGUUUGGAGGCCCCUCCUGUGGGCGCUGCAGGUGGUGAUGCUGCUGCUGCUGCGGUUUUCUCUUUUGCUGCUGCUGCUGCUGCUGCUCGGAGCUGCUGCUGCUUCUUUCCUCGCCUCCUCUGUACGCAACGGCAGCAGCAGCAGCAGCAGCAACAGCAGCAGCAGCAGCAGCAGCAGCAGCGAAUGCAAGGAAGGAGACAGCGACGCAGAAGAGGAUCGAGAGGAGACCCUCAUUCUGCGUCGCCGGCGUCCAAGCAGCAGCAGCAGCAGCAGCAGCAGCAGCAGCAAACACAGCAGCAGCAGCAGCAGCAGCAGCAGCAUGAGAGACGUAGCAGCAGGAGUAACAUACACGGUGGCGAGGGUUGCAGCCAAACGAACGGCUGCUGGGAUCGUCUCCCUGGCGCGGCACAUUCGCUGGCGGCGGUAG